AUGGCCGCCACUGCAGCGAUACAUCGCCCUCGAACACUCGUUUCUGCCUGGCUCUUGCUCAGCUCUUUUGUCGUGGCUUGGGAUGUUGGCUACAUUCUGCUCCGACCCAGAAGCAUGCUGGGCGGUGAUUUACAUUGGAUCUGGUCACCAUACUCGCUCUAUAUGAAUGUCGACUACAUUUAUGGCCUGCCGUCUUGGAAUACUAAGGAUGGCUUCCCCGCUGCACAGUCCCUGAUGAACGUCGGUGAGAGCAUUCUUAACCUUCUCUAUAUCUACCUUGUUCACGUCAAGGCUACUCCGGCUUCACUUGCUGUUGCACCCAUAUAUGGGCUCGUAGCUGUUACAAUGACGCUCUCCAAGACCAUUCUCUAUGUCCUUAAUGACUUCUGUUGUGGAUGGUGCAAGACAGGCCACAAUGACUGGUAUACGCUUAUAGUCUACUGGAUUAUUCCGAAUGGUCUAUGGAUUCUGUUCCCCUCGAUCAUCGCUUUUAUCUUCAUCCAAGAGCUCUCCAUAUCCCUCAAAGUGGCUGCUGGAGUACAAGGUGCGAUUGAUCCCGUCCCUUUACCGUCUCUCUCACCGACUGCAGAUGCGAACGGCGGAGAGAAGGAAAACGGUCUUAAUUCAGAACGUACUUUAGAGGUGGGUCCUAAUCCGUAUCUAGUUGAUCAUUCGCAGCUCCCAAGCUGGGCACAGGACAACACGUGGAUCGUAAAGGGCUACCGUCGCCCCGGAGCAAAACACCAAGAUCCAAGGCUAAAAAAGUAUGAUCAUGGAACAGCGUACAAGUGCUGGCGCAGUGUUUGGGCUUAUUGGCACAACGAGACUGUCAACAUUCACACGCAUCUCUGGGGUGCUGUGUUUUCCGUUGGCCUAUUUGUCAGUCAUCUUCUACAGCAUCUCCAUCUUCUUCCAAGCUUCCUUCGUCCUCUAUCGCACCAUGCCAUCUUCUAUCCCUCCAGUCUGACAUUUACCACUGUCUCGGGCAAGGUCCUUCGCCUCGCUUCGGCUUCGUACCCCUUUUCGUCACCGACUAGCCACGCAGCUUCUGCCUCCUGGUUGCCAUCAACAUCUUCAAGGCUUCUCGCCCGAAUAUCGUCAAUCUUCUUGUCUUCUUCUGCUUCUUCGGCAAGCACUGCCAGCACCAAUCUUGCUGAUCUCAGCGUUCGCGCUCCCGACACCCUCGAUAUUGCCGGUUUCACUGCGUUUUUUAUCGGCUCGAUCAUCUGUCUCGGAUUUUCGGCGAGCUACCACACCAUCCAGUGUCACUCGCACGCGCUUGCCAAGCAGUUUAAUAAGCUUGAUUACAUAGGUAUCGUCGUCAUGAUCGUGGGCUCUUUUCUCCCUGCUUUGCAUUACGGGUUUUACUGCCACCCGCACUACCAACUCGCCUACUCGCUGGCGAUUACGUCUCUGGGUGCUUUGGCAAUGUACGUUGUGCUAGCUCCGUCGUACGCUACCCCGGCAUACCGACCCUAUCGAACCGCGGUAUUUCUCGUGCUCGGCUUGUCAGCCGUGGUACCUGUAGCCCACGUCAUUCAUAUCUACGGAUCUAGAACCAUCACUGAAACUAUGGGCCUACGAUUCCUCCUUCUGUCGGGUGCUUUGUACGUCGUCGGUGCAGUGCUGUACGCUGCCAGAGUGCCAGAAAGAUUUGCACCGGGAAAGUUUGACAUGCUGGGAGCAAGUCAUCAAAUCUUCCAUGUGCUCAUUCUCGCAGCUGCUGCUGCACACUACGUGUCGAUCAGAAGAGCGUACGCUUUUUGGCAUACCGUCGAGUCGUUUAAUUCAGCUGCCGAGAGCGCAAGAGCUGGAGUCUGUGCCGCGCUUCAAACCUGA